CCUGGCUUCAUAUAUAUACCGUAGUUCCAUCCACUGAAUUUCCAUCUUCAUCCCCUUCAUCCUUUACUACAUCAAAGCACCACCCACUUGAACCGUUUGCUCUCAUAAACGCCCGUUGAUUUCAUUCUCAUCCUCUACACAUCAUAAGCCUCGCCCCUCACAGCCUAUCCCACUCACAAUGGCCAUUGCAUUCGCCACAGCCCCUCCAAAGUCCCUCCUGGGCCGCCAUCGCGUCCUCAGCCCCUCCGCCUCCGUCCGCGUCAGUCCCCUCUCCCUCGGCACCGUCAACUUCGGAACAGCAUGUAACCAACUCCUCGGCAAAUGCACCAAAGACUCCGCCUUCGCCAUGCUCGACCACUUCUACUCCCUCGGCGGCAACUUCAUCGACACCGCCAACCACUACCAAUCCGGGCAAGCCGAGCUCUGGGUCGGCGAAUGGCUCGCGCUCCGCCACAACCGCGACGAGCUCGUCCUCGCGACCAAAUUCUCCUCCAGCGCCGUCCUCGGCACCGAGAACGCGCCGGAAAUCCUGUCAAACUACAGCAGCAACAGCACCAUGUCCCUCAAGCACUCGCUCGCGACCUCGCUCGCCCGCCUCGGCACCUCGUAUAUCGACGUGCUGUACGUGCACUGGUGGGACUUCACGACCUCGGUCGCGGAGCUGAUGCGCGCGCUGAACAACGUCGUUCAGAAGGGCAAAGUGCUGUAUCUCGGCGCGUCGAACAUGCCGUCGUGGUUCGUGGUCACGUGCAACGCGUACGCGCGCCAGCACGGCAUGGCGACGUUCGUGGUGUACACGGGCCAGUGGAGCGCUGCUGAGCGCGACCUGGAGCGCGAGAUCUUCGAUAUAUGUGCGCGUCGGAGGGCAUGGCUAUCUCGCCGUGGGGCGUGCUCGGGGGUGUAUCCACCGACGGCGGCUGCUAAGCAGGUAGCGGAGGCACUGAGGAAGAUUGCUGCGGCACGCAAGACUGCUCCGACGAGUAUUGCGCUUGCCUGGGCGAUCCAGAAGGGCCCGUACGUCUUCCCGAUUAUUGGUGGGAGGAAGCUGGAGCACAUGAAGGCGAAUAUCGAGGCGCUUAGCAUUGAGCUUACGGCAAAGAAGGUCAAGGAGAUUGAAGCCGCGGCGCAGUUUGACCAGGGCUUCCCGAAGUACAAGAUGAACUUCGGUGGUCCGUUCAAUGGGCCACAGGAUCUUGCACUCAUGACUGGAAAUUAUGAUUAUGUUUUAGCCCCGAAGGCUAUAGCAUCUCACUACAUCUAG